AUGGAAAAACCAUUAAAGCAGGAUGAACGUUUCAAGUGUUAUCCAACAUGGAAAUAUUUUCUCGGGAAUGUUGUGAAAGAAGGCACGAUAAACAAAUGUUUUCUCUUUAUUCUCAACUCUUUCUCAAUCUUCACUUUAAAUGCAUAUCAACAUGUAUGUAAGAUUGUGGUAAUUUGCAGUGAACUUUUACUGAGAAGGCAAAGAUUUGUGUUGUUUAUGAUGAAAUUAAAUUAUUUUGAACUGACCGCAGCAUUGCAAUGGAAAAUUAAUGUCAGUGCUAGUUUAUUUAAACAUACAAAGACUUACAAUUUAAAUUGA